AUGGUAUGCUACUUGGGUGGUGGUGGUGGAGGUGGUGGAGGUUGUUACGGACGUGAUUUUCAGGCAUUAAAUCUCAGAGCGAGAAAAGCAAAGGCGGCAAGAAGACCGCAGCUAAGCAGAGAUAUGAAACCGGGUAUCAUCAUUGAAAACGUUGCACAGACCAGGAGACGACUGGCCGAGACCACGUUGCUUGCUACAGCCUCAUUAGCGCCCGGAAGUUCAUCCAUAAUUGAUGAAGGGCCAACCAACACCGGAAGCGGAAGUCAGGACGACGAAGAAGAGGGCGGAUCACCCGGCUCGGAUGACUGUCACAUCAUACAUAACGACAAAUCUACAGAUUUUAUCCUGUCCACGGUCAUGGAAGAAACCGCGAUGGUGGCGACGUUAGCCACGCCAUCCAACCUAACUGCCGACCCAAACGGAAACUUGGGUUCCAGACCACAGGAUAUCGAUCUUGUAACAAGGGUCUUGAACCCUAACCAAACAGUCAGCUCCAUUAGCGACAAAAUCGGUGAUAAGGUACCAGGAAAGCGCAGAGAUUCCUCGGCAGCGUUGUCACCAAUCACAAUGACCACGGCGUCAGCGACAUUGACCACCACGGUCACGGCCGCGGCCACCGCAGUCACCCCAAUGGCCGUGCCGCAGCCGAUAGACCGUUCUACUAGAACGACACAGUCACUGGUGAAACGUUCGCUGUCGUCAAUGCUUCGAAACGGAUCCGAGGAGGACGGUUCGAGGUGUUCAAAAAAAGAGUACAAGACCACAACAGAAGGAAGCAGCCGCUUCACCAUAUACAAAGUGAACAAGGCAAGCCGGAAAAAACGGGAAAAGUCUUCGGCGAGGAAAGAGAGAAAAGCCACGAAAACCUUGGCGAUUGUCUUGGGUGUGUUCCUAUUCUGUUGGGUGCCGUUCUUCACGUGCAACAUACUGGACGCGAUUUGCCACAAACUGGACAAGGAGUGUUCACCCGGCGUCCGGAUGUUCAUACUGACUACGUGGCUAGGCUACAUGAACAGCUUCGUCAAUCCAGUGAUAUAUACGAUAUUUAACCCGGAAUUCCGGAAAGCGUUCAAAAAACUCAUGCGGAUAGGCACUUGACCCGUGGCCGACGGCACCGGCAAGAGCUUUGCAACGAACGUCUGUGGCAAGUGACGCUGCUGCCGUUUGUUCACAUGUGUGUGUGUG